AUGGCCGCGGGCGGGCGGCUCCGGCUCCGGCUCCGGCUCUGGCUGUGGCUCUGGCUGGGGCCCCUGGCGGCGGCGGCGGCGGCGGCCCGGCUCAACGGCAGCGAGGAGGAGGCGCGGUGCAAGCGCGCGGCGCCCUGCGAAGCGCUGCAGCAGCGCGUGUGCCUGGGCUCGCCGCUGCCCUACGGCGCCACCUCCACGCUGCUGGCCGGCGACUCCAGCUCGCAGGCGGAGGCGCACGACAAGCUGCUGCUCUGGUCCGGUUUACGGAAUGCCCCCCGCUGCUGGGACGUGAUCCAGCCCCUCCUCUGUGCUGUGUAUAUGCCCAAGUGCGAAGAUGGCAAGGUGGAGCUGCCCAGCCAAACCCUGUGCCAGGCCACGCGGGGGCCCUGCACGAUCGUGGAGCGAGAGCGGGGCUGGCCGGACUUCCUCAAAUGCACCACGGAUCGCUUCCCCGAAGGCUGCCCGAACGAAGUUCAGAACAUCAAGUUCAACAGCUCGGGGCAAUGUGAGGCGCCGCUGGUGAGGACGGACAACCCCAAGAGCUGGUAUGAGGACGUCGAAGGCUGCGGGAUUCAAUGCCACAACCCCCUUUUCACGGAGAAGGAGCACCACGAGAUGCACGUCUAUAUCGCCGCCUUCAGCUCCGUCACGAUUUUCUGCACUUUCUUCACCCUGGCCACUUUCGUCGCCGACUGGAAGAACUCGAACCGCUACCCGGCCGUCAUCCUGUUCUACGUCAACGCCUGCUUCUUCAUGGGCAGUAUUGGCUGGCUGGCCCAGUUCAUGGACGGGGCCCGCAGUGAAAUCGUGUGCCGUGCCGACGGGACCAUGCGCCUGGGAGAGCCGACCUCGAACGAGACCCUCUCCUGUGUGAUCAUCUUCGUCAUCGUCUACUAUUCUUUGAUGUCGGGCGUCAUCUGGUUCGUCAUGCUGACCUACGCCUGGCACACAUCCUUCAAGGCGCUGGGUACCACCUACCAGCCGCUGGUGGGCAAGACUUCCUACUUCCACCUGGUGACCUGGUCUAUUCCUUUCGUCCUCACGGUGGCCAUUUUGGCCGUUGCCCAGGUGGAUGGAGACUCGGUCAGCGGCAUCUGCUUUGUCGGGUACAAGCACUACCACUACCGGGCGGGGUUCGUCCUGGCUCCCAUUGGCCUGGUGCUGCUCGUUGGGGGCUAUUUUUUGAUUAGAGGUGUGAUGACUCUGUUCUCCAUCAAGAGCAACCACCCCGGCUUGCUGAGCGAGAAAGCUGCCAGCAAAAUUAAUGAGACGAUGUUACGCCUUGGGAUCUUUGGCUUCCUGGCUUUCGGGUUUGUGUUCAUCACGUUUGGCUGCCACUUCUACGACUUCUUCAACCAGGCAGAGUGGGAGCGGAGCUUCCGGGAGUACGUCCUGUGUGAGGCCAACGUGACAAUCGCCACGCAGACCAACAAGCCCGUCCCGGAGUGCGAGAUCAAGAACCGCCCUAGCCUCUUGGUGGAGAAGAUCAACCUCUUUGCCAUGUUUGGGACCGGCAUUUCCAUGAGUACCUGGGUGUGGACCAAAGCCACCCUUCUCAUCUGGAAGCGCACCUGGUGCAGGCUGACCGGCCAGAGCAACAACGAGCCCAAGAGGAUCAAGAAGAGCAAGAUGAUCGCCAAGGCCUUUUCCAAGCGGAAAGAGCUGCAGCACAACCCCAACCAGGAGCUCUCCUUCAGCUUGCGCACCGUCUCGCACGAGGGGCCGGUUGCUGGUUUGGCUUUUGAUAUCAACGAACCCUCGGGAGACGUGUCCUCUGCCUGGGCCCAGCAUGUGACCAAGAUGGUUGCCCGAAGAGGCGCCAUUUUGUCUCAGGAUGUCUCCGUCACUCCGGUCGCGACGCCUGUGCCCCCCGAGGAACGGGCCAGCUUGUGGCUGGCGGAGGGCGAGCGCGCCUCCUGGCGGGAGAAGAAGCUGAGCCGCAAGAAGAAGAAGAGGCGGAAGAAGAAGGAGGUGGGCCCGAUGGCCCCCGCCGGCGGGCUUUACGAGGCGGACUGCUUUGCCCCGCCGGGGGCCAGCUCCGUCCCCCGCCUCCCUCAGCUCCCCAAGGCCAAGCGUUUCGUGGCCAGCUCCCGGGAGUCCCAGGCGCUGAAUGACGUGCUUUCGCCGAGACCCUACCCGGAAUGGAGGCCGGGCGCUCUGCAGCAGGAAGACCCCUUUCCCAGAAACCCCCGGGAGCCUCCCGUCGGCUACAGGCGCAGCAGCGUCCUGAAUCUCAUCAGCCACCCCUUUUGCCCGGAUAACGGCCCCCAGGAUGAGCCAGGACCGGGGACCGGUGCGUGGUUGUUCCCCGGGCAGCGUCAGCAGCUCCAUGGCGACGGCGGCUUGCUCCAGCGUCCCUCCCGGAGCGCCGCCUCGGCCUCCGUGUUCCUCGGCAGCAGCCCGUAUAGGGCGCCUCAGGCUCCGGGGAGGAGAGGCGGCGGCCUGCCCCCCAUCCACUCCAGGACCAACCUCAUGGACGCCGAAUUGCUAGAUCUGGAUUCCGACUUCUAGGAUUUGGG